UGGCAACACUGUAUAAUAUGUCAAAGUAGUGAAUAACGACGCCGUGUAUCUGCUUGUUUUUGCACUGGGCAUAUUUGUUCUUUUCAUUUAUCUUUAUAAGAAAUUGUGAUUUGUGAGUGUGAUCUUUGCCCAGAACAUUAUUAGCCCUUAAAAAUGACAACUAUUGGUCCGAAAAAGGAUGGCGGGCCAAACGUCGACUACUUUCAAUCGUCGGAAUCACUGGCACAAUUCGAUCAAAUUCGUGUUUGGUUACAGAAGAAUUGUAAGAAGCAUGUCCAAACGGAUCCACCAACGAAAGAGGGCUUGGCCCAGCUUGUGGUUCAGCUCAUACAGUAUCAAGAGAACAAGCUCGGAAAGAAUGCGUCCGACCCGCCGUUCUUGAGGCUUCCAAUGAAAGUGUUCAUGGACAUGAAACCAGGCGGUUCGCUGUGUACAGUGCUCGCCACUAUGUUCCGCUUCAAGUCGGAGCAGCGGUGGCGCAAGUUCGACUUCCAGGUCGGUAAGAACCCGUCGCGUAAAGACCUCAACGUCCAAAUGAUGAUGGAGAUAGAAUCGUCGCUGCUCGGAGCUGAGAUCAUCCGCUCGCCGUGUGUGUACAUCAGACCAGAAGUCGACAAGGCGACAGCUAACAAGCUGAAGGAUAUUAUUAGCAACCAUCAGGGAGAGAUUUGCGAGGAUGAAGAAGACGCGACGCACAUAAUCUACCCGACAGUGGAUCCACUAGAGGAGGAGUACGCGAGGCCCGUGUUCCGCAGAGGCAACCACGUGCUUAUCCACUGGUACUACCUACCGGACAGCCACGACACGUGGGUGCAGGCUGACUUGCCGGUAGACGUCCCCGAGAGCGUGAGUUGGGAGUGCAACCGCGCGGAGCCGUGGCGCGUCACCGCGUCCUGGGCGCUGGAGCUGGCGCAGUACAACGAGUGGAUGAACGAGGAGGACUACGAGGUCGACACCAAUGGCAAGAAGAAAAUACACAAAUUGCGGCUGUCUGUCGACGAUCUGAUACCGGGUGCGGAACCUUCUAGCAAGAGCAAGAAGGGAAGCAAGAGGAAGCGAUCACCGUCACCGCCGCCGCAGAAGCAUGGCAAGAGGAAGAGUCGUGUGACGAAGCGCCGCGACAACGACGGCGAUGAGGAAGAGGACAACGCCUCCAGAGACAACACCGAUGUCGUGCCCACCCCCGAAGCAGAAAGACCUGCAGAACCAGCCACCCCGUCCGCGUCGAGCAGCAGCGGCGCCACGAGCGCGAGCGGCGGCGCGCGGGCGGCGCGCGCGGGCGCGGCGGGCGGCGGCGAGGCGGCGGACGCGCCCGCCACGCCCGCGCCGCCGCUCGACGCGCACGACGACUCGCAGGGGAAGCACUCCGACUCCAACACACAGGAGAUGCUAACAAAAGAAGAGCUAGAAGACAAUGUGACCGACCAAACGCAUCACAUUGUGGUGCCGUCGUAUUCUGCCUGGUUCGACUACAACUCCAUACACAUGAUUGAGAAACGCGCACUGCCCGAGUUCUUCAACGGAAAGAACAAAUCCAAAACGCCUGAAAUAUAUCUCGCGUAUAGGAACUUCAUGAUCGACACAUACCGCCUCAACCCGACGGAGUACCUGACGAGCACCGCGUGCAGGCGCAACCUGGCGGGCGACGUGUGCGCCAUCAUGCGCGUGCACGGAUUCCUCGAGCAGUGGGGCCUCAUCAACUACCAGUUGGAGGCGGAGUCGAGACCAACGGCGAUGGGUCCCCCGCCCACGUCCCACUUCCACGUGCUAUCCGACACGCCGUCCGGCUUGCAGCCGCUCAUUGCGCGAACAGCACAACCGAGACCAGCGGAGAACGUGCCAAAGGUGGAGCCGGGCCUGCCGAACGGCGCGGACAGUGGCGCGGCCGCCCCCGUGCCCCCCGCCGCCGCGCCCGCCGCCGCGCCGCUGCUCAAGACCGAGCCCACGCCGGACCUGCCCGUCGCGCCCGGGCUCAAACUAGACCAGUACCGUGGCGGUCUGACGGGCGGUGGCGGAGGACGCGGGCGCGAGUGGACCGAGCAGGAGACGCUGCUGCUGCUGGAGGCGCUGGAGCUGCACCGCGACGACUGGAACCGCGUCGCCGCGCACGUCGGCACGCGCACGCAGGACGAGUGCAUCCUGCACUUCCUGCGGCUGCCCAUCGAGGACCCCUACCUCGACGACCCCGCGUCAGGCGGCGUGCUAGGUCCUCUGGCGUAUCAACCGGUGCCAUUCAGCAAGACAGGAAACCCAGUGAUGAGCACAGUCGCGUUCUUAGCCUCCGUCGUCGACCCGCGAAUCGCCGCCAAGGCAACUAAAGCCGCCAUGGAAGAGUUCUCUGCAAUAAAGGACGAGGUGCCGGCGGCCAUGAUGGAGGCGCACGUGAAGGCGGCGGGCGCGCUCGGCGCCGGCGCCGCGCUCGCCGCCACCGGCAUCGCCGGCACCGCCGCCGACCCGCCGCCAGCUACUGAAAAGAAAGAGGGCGCGAGUGAAGUGAAGAACGAGCCGAUGGAGGUGGAAGAGGGUGAAGCCAAGGUGAAAGAGGAACCUUCAGAAGCCGCGCCCGCUGAAGAAAAAGACAGCAAAGACUCGCCUUCACCGCAACCAGAAGCACCAGCGACGGUAGACGCGAAGCUGCAAUCGGCGGCAGCGGCGGCACUCGCGGCGGCGGCGGUGAAAGCCAAGCACCUCGCCGGCGUCGAGGAGCGCAAGAUCAAGUCACUCGUCGCGCUGCUCGUCGAGACGCAGAUGAAGAAGCUUGAGAUCAAGCUCAGGCACUUUGAGGAGUUAGAAGCUACCAUGGAACGGGAGAGGGAAGGUUUGGAGUACCAACGACAACAAUUAAUACAAGAACGGCAACAGUUCCACCUAGAACAAUUGAAAGCAGCUGAAUUCCGGUCGAAACAUCAAGCACAUCAGAGGUUGCAAGCAGAGAGCGCGGGCGUGGGCGUGGCGGCGGGCGCGGCGGCGCCGAGCGCGGAGCAGGCGCCGGCCGACGCGCCCGCCGCGCCGCACGCGCCGCACGCGCCGCACGCACCGCACGCGCCGCCCGCCACGCACGCGUAGGGGACGACACUACUAAACUAAACAGAGCCCUUUACAAAGAACAUUGUAAGCGGCAUUUUGUUGCCUUACCAGAAAGCUUAUUUACUUUAUAUUUUCUUGAAAAUUUAUGAUAUAUUUCCAAUAUUUAGUUAAAAAUAUAACUACCCUAUGAAAGAAAAAAUGUGUUCCGUAAAAACUGCAAAAUGUCGGUUACGAUGUACUUCCUGAAAAGACUCGAUAAACUAUCUGUAUUGGCCGAUUCCUGUAAAUGAUUCUUACCAUUACCAUAUGAUCCAGGGCGAAAAUGGACCAAUCAGAAUGAAGUUAUGAUGAUUGGUUUAUUCUUAUCGUUAAUGCGUAGUUAGCGGCGAACCGCUAACUCCAAAUUUAUUAGAAUUGGUUGUAAGUGUACAUUAAAUUUAUGCAAUAUUUGUUCUCUUUUGUAACGACACUUCUCGCACUUGCUGUCACUGCUCUAAAUUAUUGCUAAAAAUAAUCAUAUACUAUUAUUGCUGGCAAUAAUUGCUCCGUCUAAAAUUAGAGUCAAGACCUAGAAGUGUACUCAAAAUUAUUUAGUAUCUUUCAGCGCUCACUUUCUUAAUUAAAGAAUGAAUAAUAAUUAUUACUUAUUCCCACUAUUUAAACCUGUUUAAACAAUGAUUUAUUUAGUGCCAGUAAACCGAAGUAAUCGGCGCGAGAUUUUAACUGCAAGAAGAGUAAUUUAACAAGUGAAUGUAUUUAUAAGCAAGAUUAAUGUUGUCGUGUGUAAGUAAGUAUAAGGGCCGGCGCAAAUAUGGCGGUGCACAGCUCAAAUAAUUUUUACUGUCAAGCUAUUAUCGACAUUCUCUUCAUUUAAAUAAUGUUCAAAAUCCCUUAACACAAGAAAAAUUCUUCUGGCGCUGCGGUUCGCCAUAUAUGCGCCGGCCGUAAGACGAUUCCGGGGAAAUUCACUGGUAUUUAUACAAUAGAGGUGUACUCGUGAUUCCGAACGAUCUGUACGACUGAUGACAGUCUGUAGAAGAGAUAUUCUGAUGUAUUGACUAGAAUUAAUUAUAAUUAUUUAAUUGUAAGUUAACAGUAGAUGUCAACUAUUCUCCAUAACGUCCGGUUAUGAAAUAAAACGUUUAAAAGUA